AUUCAAAGAAGCAAUCUCUCUCUCUCUCUCUCUCUCUCUCUCUCUCUCUCUCAGAAUGGCGGCGGAGGAAGAGCAGCAGACGAAGAAGGGGAAGACGAAGGGGAAGCACGACAAGCCGAAGCCGUGGGACGAGGACCCGAACGUCGACCGCUGGAAGAUCGAGAAGUUCGAUCCGUCCUGGAACGAGGGGGGCAUGCUGGAGGUCAGCGCCUUCUCCACCCUCUUCCCUCAGUACCGCGAGAAGUACCUUCAAGAAGCUUGGCCCUUGGUCAAGUCCGCCCUCAAAGAGUACGGCGUCACCUGCGAGCUCAACCUCGUUGAAGGGUCGAUGACAGUUUCGACUACCAGGAAGACGAGGGACCCGUAUAUCAUCAUCAAAGCUAGAGACCUUAUCAAGCUCCUCUCUAGAAGUGUCCCCGCCCCUCAAGCCAUAAAAAUACUGGAUGAUGAGGUGCAAUGUGACAUUAUCAAAAUUGGCAACUUGGUCCGGAAAAAGGAGCGAUUUGUUAAACGGAGACAACAGCUUGUAGGCCCCAAUUCAUCCACUCUGAAGGCUCUUGAAAUUUUAACCAGCUGCUAUAUACUCGUACAGGGAAACACUGUUGCUGCCAUGGGGUCUUUUAAGGGAUUAAAACAAGUAAGGAGGAUUGUAGAAGACUGCAUCCAGAACAGAAUGCAUCCUGUGUACCACAUAGAGAUUCUCUUGAUGAAGAAGGAACUUGCAAAUAAUCCCGCAUUGGCUAAUGAAAAUUGGGAUAGGCUUCUUCCGAAGUUCAAGAAGAAGAAUGUCAAACAGAAGAAGGUUAAGAGUAAAGAGAAGAAACCGUAUACUCCAUUUCCUCCUCCUCAGCCACCUAGUAAGAUUGAUUUGCAACUGGAGAGUGGUGAAUAUUUCUUAAGCGACAACAAGAAGUUUGAAAAGCAAUGGCGAGAGAAGCAGGAGAAGCAAGCAGAAAAAACUGCUGAGAACAAAAGGAAAAGAGAAGCUGCAUUUAUUCCCCCCGAGGAACCAGUUAAGAAAAAUUCUACCCAAGUUGGAGGGGAUCAAACUGAUGUUGCUGCCAUUGCUGAGUCCCUUAAGAAAAAGGUGAAGGAUUUUGGCAAGCCAAAGUCCAUUGAGAGCAUAAACCCACAAACAUACAUUGCUUCAUCCGGAGAACAACCGUCAAGGAAAAAAUCCAAGCGGUCCAAGUCCGAGAAGUCGGAGAAUUUGUGAUGCAGAAGCUGACUUUUGACACUAGAAAGCACCGCAACUCUGCUCCAGCCGAAUCCGCUGAAACUUUUUGAGGAAUGUGGAGUUGUGGACCAGCUGACCGUGUUGCAUUGGAAUCUGAGUCAUUCCUUGGCAACGGUCCUGAAGCCAAUUUCGGAGAGUUUCGCUCCAUCCUCGAGCAGUUUGUAUUUUGUAUUAACAAUUUAUUGAGAAACUUAAUGCCUAUUGAGCAUUCCUUUGCCCGUUGUUCUUGUGAGGCCAUGUCGUUCAGCUAAACCCUUGCUCUGACAACUCUUUAAAUGUAGCUUGUUAGAACUUAGGUUA